UAAUAAAAAAAAAACCCACUGCAGAGCAAGCAGUAAAGUUAGGUUAGUGAUUGAAAUUGUGGACAUGCAUUGCUGAUCACGGUAAAUACAUUUGGUCGAGUUUGGGGGGGGGGAAUACUGUACACAAUAGAAACGACCUUCUGAAAUUGUACAAAAGAUCAAGUGCAUGUUGAGCUCUGCACUUUUAUUUAUCUUUAACCGUGCCAUGAAGUGUGUGCCUUCCUAUAGUGGAUAUCAAACUCGAUGUUAAUCAUUAAAAGCACCAUGACACAGCUACGGCAGUGUACUUGCACUUCAAACAGUAUUGGAAUAAUAUUUAUCAGUCACUGAUUGCACGAUAAAACUGCGUACGAGGGCAGGCAGCCGCAGUACUCCUUGACACAGGAACCGCACUACAGGACCACGCAGGAUGUUGCCGUAACAUUUCCGAUUUUCGUUCCUGUAUCUUUCAGUAGUUAUCUUUAUCCAAUACUAAAACAUGACGAGUUUUAUGAGCCGAAAAGUUGUUAGAAUAGCGGCUGCGACUCUAGCGGGAAUUCCAGUUGCAGCUGCUGGGUUUCUGCGCUUUAAGUACGGCCCAACGGUCUUCCAAGAUCUGUUGAACAUGCGACGGGCCUUGGCUCUAUUUAGGGCUUUUAAGGACUUGGAAGAGAGGAACGUUCAGCUCAGUGACUUUUUCGAAGAGCACGCAAGGAACACACCAGACAAGGUUUUGGUGUUGUACAAGGGUGAGGAGCACACCUACGGUGAUCUUGACCGACAGGCCAAUCAACUCGCGAACUUUGUCCAGCGAAGCGCAGUGGCAGCCCCCAUGGAAACGGUGGCAAUAUUCAUGCUCAACGAGCCCAUGUUCGUCGUGUCCUGGCUGGCUUUUUCCAAACUUGGGCUGCGGAUCGCGUUUUUGAACUACAAUUUGAGAGGCAAUGUUCUGCUUCAUUGCAUCAAAGCCUGCAAUGUCAAAGCGAUCGCCUGUGGCAAAGACCCUGACUUGUUGGGGGCUCUUGGGGCUAUCAAACCGGAGCUAGACGCUCUCGGUAUCGUAGUCUGGGUUCUGGGAAGACCAGAGGUCCGGAAUCCGACCCUGUCACAUGGUCUGAACUUCGUGGACAUUGGACAUGAGUGUACUGAUCCCGUACCGCAGUCAUUACGCCGACAUUUGGCCAGUCGUGACACGGCACUGUACAUCUUUACCUCAGGGACCACAGGUGUCCCAAAACCUGCCAGGAUCACUCAUUACCGAAUGGUAGUCAGCUCUUACUCGAAUGUACCCGCGUUGGCAUUCGGGGCCGAUGACGUCAUAUACUGCACUUUACCACUGUACCACAGUUCAGCUUUCAUUGUUGCAUUUGCUGGUAUGGUGAGAGUGGGGGGUCGCAUCGUUCUCAGCAACUUCUCCGCCCGGAGAUUCUGGGACGACGUUCGCAAGUAUCGAGCUACCAUCAUCCUGUACAUCGGAGAACUGUGCCGCUACCUUCUGGCCCAACCACCGCAUCAUGAUGAUGGCAAGUACGCCCAUAAGAUUCGUUACGUCCUGGGCAACGGUAUGGCACCCGACAUUUGGGUAGACUUUCAGCGGCGAUUCAACAUCGAGAACAUCUGUGAAUUCUACGGAUCAACCGAAGGGACAUUCGCUUUCGUCAACUUGGACGGGACAGUGGGGAGCGUUGGUAGAUACCCGCCACUUGUGGGGGCUCUAACGGACGUGCUUGUGUUGGUGCAGUGCAAUCCAGAGACAACUCAACCGCUACGAGGUCCAGACGGACUUUGCCUUCUCACACCAAAAGGCCAGACUGGUUUGAUGCUCUUUCGACUAAACGAGAGGAUGAAAUUCGACGGUUACCAAGUUGACGAGAGCAUCAACGAGAAGAAACUGGCGCGUAACGUCAAGAAACACGGCGACGUGUUCUUCAACACGGGAGACCUGAUGCUCCUUGACAGGGACAACCGUCUCUUUUUCAAAGAUAGGCUGGGAGACACGUUCAGAUUUAAAGGCGAGAACGUAGCAACCACCGAAGUGGCUCAAGUUGUCAAUUCCUUCCCCGGCGUGCGAGAGACAAAUGUCUACGGUGUGCAAGUACCCGGACAUGACGGAAAAGCUGGGAUGGCUGCGAUCAACCUUACACACGAAUAUCAACUCAACCCGAAGAGUCUGUACGAUCACGUGGUCAGGUCACUGCCGCUAUACGCAUGCCCAAAGUUUCUGCGAAUCAUGAGCGAGAUGCAGAUCACGGGGACAUUCAAGCACAAGAAGACUGACCUAGCCAGAGAGGGAUUUGACCCCAACGUCAUCUCAGACCCUCUGUUCUUUAUGGAUACGGACAAGAAGACUUACGCGCCCUUAGACAAUGACGCCAUGAGGAAAAUUGUCAUUGGAAAAGCAAGGCUUUAGACAUAAAUAUUAAACAAACAAAAAAUGCAGAAAAUGUGCUUCAAAGAAUGCCUGACUUAGCUUGAUGAAAAAAAUAUGACUGAUGAGCUC